CCUCUCCUGAUUCACUUCUCGAUGAGUUCUGAGCAAGUUCAAGCGUGCCCCCCCUUCAACGUGUCAGUUGCAUGCAUCACCAGAUUUUCUGAUGAUGCCAGUUGCAUACCAGACCGGUCCGAUGGGUGAGUAAGAUGAGGUGUUCAGUGGCGAACACCAGACCCGCAAGCUGGGGUGUGCGUAGAGCGACGCAAGCUAUAAAUGAUGCGCCAGUACGUCGGUGGCGAAUGCAAUGCAGCUCAGCAACAAAUUCCGUGCCGAGCUUCACGUAUUCAAGGAGUUCGUAUUGGACUUAGACCCGAUGCACUGGCGCGUUAUCGUGGUACAGCAAGCAUCAGUCUACAAGUCUCUGGAUCAACAGGAAGAAAUUCUCAAGGCCAUCGCGGAGGUGAAGGAGGACGGGAAGCAGGUGCAGUCGCAGAUCGCGAAGCGCUUCGCCGUCGACAAGGACAUGAAUGAUGAUAUCCUCACUUUAUGCAAGCAACUCGUCGUUGAGGGGCUGCGGGAUGAGUACGACAUCGCCGAUGAGGCCUUGGAAAUGCUCAAGGAUCGAGCUGCGUACCCUCGUUUCGCACAGGUCUGGAACUCGGCAUCGAAGAUCAAGCUCGUCGUCUCAGCCGUGCGCACCCAAGGCUCGUACGUGCGUCGAGAAUACCGUGGUCUGCUCGUGAACACGACCACGAACCCCUUGAAGAAGUGCGGUCUCACGGCAUGUGUUCGCGAGUAUGUGAGGAAGUUUUCCCGGACGGCCAAGAUCACCCACGAGUUGGUUAUCUGGGUUGCUAUCCUGCGCCAGUUCAUCCGAGACAACCGGGACUUGGUGUCUCUUCCCGACGACGCCGAUGGGCCGGUUGUGGACGCCGAGGAGCAGCCACAAGCGAAUGGGCGCAAGCGCAAGCGCACCGCUGGUGGGCGGCCAGCGAGGAGCUUCUGGGGCGAGUUCAAGGAGUGGGUCAAGGAGAAGAAGAGCGAGGACGAGUGGACAGAUAACUUUUGCAGCGUCGGAUGGAUUGCGCACAUCGAAGACUGUCUUGAACAGGAACGUCGUGACUUCCCAGACGAUCAGCUCGCACUCGUCCCGCAACGCUUCCAGUCGACCUCGCGGUCCCAAAUCGAGGCGGCGCCGACGUCUCAUCCUAGCGCCGACAGAGGCUUGGGGCUUGCAUCCAGCGGCGUCGGCAACUUCCUGCUCCACCCUACCGUCCAGCCCCACGCCCAGUCUUCUGCGACCGACGAUCUGGCGAGCGACGUUGUCACAGAGCAGCGCUCCGACAGUUCUGAACUGCCGCCGAUGCAUGCUCUCUCGAUGUCGUCACGAUCGACUACGUCGUCAUGGACGCCGUCUCCUCGCUCUCGGGUGCAGUCGCCCUUACCUGCGGAUGAACUGCCGACUGGUGGCUCUGCGGGCACCUCGCAGACGUUGUCCUACGUCCCUCGUGUUCCACCUCAGCACGAUCAUCCGGUUGGGUCCUCGUUGCUGGGCGGCUCGUUGCCGCGGAUGAGCGUCGGGGACUCCUCUCACAGCCGGCUGGAGGAGUUCAAUUCCAGCUCUCGAUUCCCCGCUGCCGAGAGUCGAGCACAGUUCCCUGGUCUGCCUGGGUUCUCGGCGCUCGUGAAUGAGGCCCCCGGGGCUCGACUUCCCUCACUUGCCUCGCCGACUCGGCCGUCAGCAUCCUUCGCGCCGCCUCAUUUCCACGCCGCCUCCACCAGCACUCCUGGACCCCAUCGCUCUGACCAUUCGCAACGCUCUCCUCUCUCUCAAUACGGCGGGCAUGCUGCCACCCAGGCGUCGUCAUCGACUUCCGGCCCUCGUGGUCCGUCGCUCCACGGUGCUUUCCAGUCCUGGUCCGGUGCGUCCACGUACGGACGGUGAAGAAUGGCUACGCCUCAUGGUGUUCUAUGCUCUAUGUUCUUUCCGAAGUAGAUAUCAGUUUGCAUAUCCUGUCGUUGUGUCGGAGUCUCGUAUGUCGUAGGUAGUAAAACCCGUUUAAUAGAAUAUAUGUCAUUUCGC